CUCACCUCGCUCUCUUCUCUACAAAACGACUAUCGCAAAUUCCUGUACUCGGUCGGAAAAUCAUGUCGAUUCCCAUUAAAAUUCCCAUUUCUUCCCUCUUUCACCGCUCCGCCUCUCCAUUCUUCAACCUCUCAAAAACCCCUACACCUCCUUACAGAUUCUUCUUCUCCAACAACAUCACGUUCCAAAGAAUUUCCGCAAAGCAACCCGCUCUCCGUUCCCCUCCUUCUGCUUCCUCCUCCGUUGAGGAGCUGCCGCCGAAGCUUCAAGAAAUCGUUAAACUAUUUCAGGCAGUUCAAGAACCCAAAGCCAAAUACGAACAGCUGCUGUUCUAUGGUAGAAUUCUGAAUCCUCUCAAUUCCAAUUACAAAACGAGCGACAACAAGGUCCAAGGUUGCGUGUCGCAGGUCUGGGUCAGAGCGUAUAUGGACGAGGAUAAAAAUGUGAUCUUUGAAGCGGAUUCAGAUUCAAUGCUGACGAAAGGGCUGGCCGCUUUGCUCGUUCAAGGCCUUUCGGGUCGGCCCGUGGAGGAGAUUGUUAGGGUUCCGCCCGAUUUCGCGAUGCUUCUUGGGUUGCAGCAGAGUUUAACUCCUUCGCGGAAUAAUGGCUUCUUGAAUAUGCUGAAAUUGAUGCAGAAGAAGGCCUUGCAUUUGUAUGUUGAAGCCGAGAGAGGUGCAAGCCCUAGCUCUGAUAUCUCUGGAAUUGGGGAUUCCGCAAAUGCUGGUAGUGGAGAUGGUGGUAGUGAUUUGAAUGAGGAUUUGAAGGAGGAAUUGGGGCGUAAAAGUGUAUUAAUGGGCAGUAGGGGUAGGAGGAUUGAGGGGAUUUUGCAGAAAGAAUUGCUGCCAACUGCAUUGAAUGUUGAGGAUAUAUCUUAUCAGCACGCGGGCCAUUCGGGGGUGGCCGGUAGUGAUGGAGAGACGCAUUUCAACGUGGAGGUGAUUUCUGAGGGAUUUGAAGGGAAGAGUUUGGUUAAAAGGCAUAGAAUGAUUUACAGCAUGCUGCAAGAUGAGUUGCAGAGUGGACUACAUGCCUUGUCUAUUGUCGCCAAGACUCCAUCCGAAGCUGAGUCUCAGGCUCAGUAAUGAUGAUAAGGCCUACAUUUUGACAUACAUUUCUACUUAUAGUUAUGCACUAAUUAAUCGAACACUCAUAUUGUCUAUCCCUUUUCACAUAUCUAUCAUAAAUAGUUUUCUCA